AUGGCUCAGGGUCUUGGUGAACAAGCCCUAGCUAAUCUGCUAGGUUGCCCACCAGAGCAACAUGUGCCUCAACUGGAACAGUUUGAGAAGUUUGUGCUCGGACAGCGGUUAGCAGCGUCCGAAGCACAAAGCCAUGUAGUGGCUAAGUCCAUCGGUAAGACUCAUGAUGAGCUUCUGCGCGAGCAGGCUCGAAACGAGGCUCUCAACAGAACUGUUGAGGUGCUCUCGGCCCGGUCUUCUCCACCGAGGCCCAUAAGGAUGGAUGCUCCUAAGUUUGAUGGAUUUGCUGCUCGCACGAUUGUCCAUUGGCUGUUAGCCAUGGAACAAUGUGGCGUAGCGCAGCUCAUCGAGGACGACAGCCAAAUGGUGUCGUACGCUAUGUCGCAUUUGCGGGGUAAAGCCUCAGAGUGGGCUUACUCAGCGCUUUUGGCGGACAGUAAAGCGUUUGGGUCAUGGGCGAUCUUUAAGACAAAGAUUCGCGCCAUGUAUUAG